CAAAGGUCUAGACUGACUUCUGGUGUAUUGACUGUGAUCAGUCUUAAAGCUAGCUUUUGCUGUUUGGAACGUGCCUUCAUCAUUCAGAGUUAAAGAGGGUUUUCCUAUUAAUUUGAAGCUCAUCGUGUCUAUUGUUUCUGAGAGAAGCUGAUUUACUGGUCUAAAUGGAUGCAAUACUGAAUUACAGGUUGGACGAUAGUGAAGAUUACUACACAUUACUGGGAUGUGAUGAACUCUCUUCGGUUGAACAAAUCCUGGCAGAAUUUAAGGUCAGGGCUCUGGAAUGUCACCCCGACAAGCAUCCUGAAAACUCCAAAGCUGUGGAGACUUUUCAGAAAUUGCAGAAGGCAAAAGAGAUUCUGACCAAUGAAGAGAGUCGAGCCCGCUAUGACCAUUGGAGAAGGAGCCAGAUAUCGAUGCCAUUCCAUCAGUGGGAAACUUUGGCUGACUCAGUGAAAAUGUCAAUGCAUUGGGCUGUCAAAAGUAAAAAAGACCUGAUGCUGGAAGAAGCUGAGCAGACUCAGAUCAGCAAGACUAAAAAUGAAGAAUGGAGUGAGCAAAGAGAAAUAAAGAAAGAGGAACUGGGUUCAACCACAGAGAAAAUGAAGCAAAAAGCACCCGAGUCCCUCGAGAAGUCAAACUCUCCACAAAAUCCAGAGUCUCCAAGUUUCUCAGAUGUGAACUCUUGGCACCUUCGUUUCCGCUGGUCGGGGGAUGCUCCCUCAGAACUCCUGAGGAAGUUCAGAAACUAUGAAAUAUGAAAUGCCCUUGCUCCAUAGAAGAGGGAGAGCAGGAUGUUGCCUGUACUGCCAACAUGCAGUCUUCAUUCAUAUCUUAACAAUGUCAUGUUUAUGAAUCACUUAUGACUGACUGAUUCCUCCAUCUUUGAACCCAUUCUCACAAUGUGUUUUGUUAUUGUUGUUGUUUGUAUUUUUUUGGUGCAGGUGAUUGAACCCAUGGUCUAGGGGACUGAACCCACUCUUUACCACUAUGCUAUAUCCCCAGAUACAAAAUGUGUUCAGUGAGAAAUUUUUAGAAGACUAAUUUAUUUCAAAAUUUGAAUAAAUUAAGGCUCUUAGAUCCAAGUAGGUUGUAUUAUUAUGUGUUCUUCUUUUAAUACUAUUUAYAGAAUUCUAUUUGAAAAUCAAUCUCAGUAUUUAAAUAUUUCAUUGAUAUACCAUGAUCUCUAUUAGUGCUGGAUGUACAAAAAAUGUUUUCUCUUUUUUUUUGGGGGGGGGUACCAGGGAUUUAACUCAGGAGCACUCGACCACU